ACCCGUCAACUUUCGUUGCCUGGGUGUUGGGAAGCAAAUUUUUUUCUAACCAUCUCCAUCCCCGUUGCUAACCACUUUCUCGUGCACAAAACGCAAAUGCAAGUAAUUUCGGACAGCUCGGUGGCUUGAAAAACUACCCCAAAGCUAAGUGCAAACCAUUGUUUAGCCAUUGCUUCGCCAUUUGGUCGAGCAAAACCCGUACAACGUAAGCGAACCCGGUUCUCGGGCCCCGGCACAAGGACGUUCCUCGAUCAGCUGUGGGUGUGUGUGUGUGCGGGCGCGUGCCAUGGAACCCGUGCGCACGCAUCGCAGUGUGCGUGUGCUGGCGUGUACGUACGGUGCUGGGCAGGUUGGUAGUGUUUGUGCCGGCCCGUCCACUUGUAAGUGGUCCAUCGGCCGACGGAAGCAGCAGCUUCGGCAGUGGCUGUCAGCAGCAGCGAAAAAGCAGCAGCAGCAGCAGUAGUCAGUAGCAGGGCAGGCGAGCAGCAGCACGGUGCAGCCAGCAGAAUCCAAGAGACGGCCUCCCCCCACCACCGUUCGUUCGUGUCGACGGUGUGAAAAGAAAGGACAAAGAAAGUUGUAACACUAAUCGCUCUCUGCGGUCGGUUACUACUGUGCUAUGAAGCAGUAUUUCCAAUCGGAACUCGGAUUCGAAUCGAAUUCUAACGCGAGGUGACAGAGCUGUGUGAUAAAAAAGGAUGAAAGUGUGAGAAGAAGAAAAGGAAAGGAAAACGAACACCCAACUUGCGGGCCCGGCUGUGAACGUGAAGAAGGAGAUUUUUUUCCUCUCAAUUCCAUUCCACACCGCACUCGUUUUUCUUAUCCCCUCCCCCCUAUCUAACUGGUCGGAUUUCCUCCCGCUACGCGGUAGUGUAUGUGCCGUGUGCGCUCGCGUGUGUGUGUGUUCGCUCCCAUUGAUUGUGUCGCGUGCGGACGUGCGUGCGUGCGUGUGUGUGUGUGUGCACACGGGGUGGGGGUGUGAAUGAUCACGGAAGAGACGUGAAAAGUAACGUGAAGUGACGUGCGGCAGAAGGGAGGUUUUUUUUAGUUCGUGUAUGUGUGUAUGGUGGCGUUGCUCCCCGCGAUCAGCCGUUGUGCUGUGUGAAGUGUGUGGUGUGCGGUGUGGUGCCGAUUAAAAACGCACAGCAGCGGUCUCUCGACGUGGUUUUCUUCGAUUUUUUUUUCGGCCGUUGAAGGAAGACCAGAGUGAGAGAGAGAGAGGGCGCGGCGGUGGCGACGCUGCGAUCAAUUUUUCGGUCGGUCGGUCGGUCGAAGCCAGCGGUGUCACGAAGCGUGUUUGGUGUUGGUUGCCGGGCAGCAGCAGUACGGAGGUGUCGUACUCCCCACAUCCUCCCCCUACAUCUACCGGAAGGAUUGUCCCGUUUGCUGUUAAUGCUGCUUGCCAGCGGUAGCAACAGCAGCGCUUUUACACCCAUCCGAAGCAGAUAAAGUGAUCGUGCAUGUGUGUGGCUGUGUGUGUGUAUUUGUGCAGGGGUGGAAAAAGGCAACCCGCUUGCGUCCCGUCCCCCUUUUGCUAAUGCAACACAUUAAUACACACACUCCAAGCACACAUACAAAAAACCUCCAAACACACACACUUGCGUAGAAGAUGUGUGCAGCGUGAGGUGAAAAGCGGUGCCGCUAUAGGAAGAUUGCACGAGUGCAACGAAAACGAGGUUGAAAAGUGAGAAGAAGCGAAAAGAUUCCGUAACCACCCAUAGCAGCAGCAGCAGCAGCAAAAGUGGAAAGAAAUUGCGAGUGGCUGUGUGUGUGUGUGUCUGUGCUUUUGUGCGCGCGUGUAUGUCAGUGUGGUGAGGUUGCUGCUUUUUCGGGUUUUUGUUAACACUCGCACGCUUGCGGGUGAACGAGUGAGAGAGAGAGAGCGCGCAAGGGAACUGUGCAACCUAGCACAGUGUGUCGUCUAUCCUUGCGGAGCGCAAGCUAGAGGGAAGCGAAAGCGCACUAGAGAAGCAACGCGCUAGAGACCGGUUCCGCUAUCUCUGUCGUGUGCACGCUCGCUCGCUCACACCGGGUCCCGAAUGUCGAGUGACGGGAUGUGUGUGUGGUGUCGCGCAAAGUGAAUAGAGAAAAGAGGUAGUAGUUGGCCGUGGAACGACGUCGUCGUGUGCGCGAAAUGAUGUGUCCGUCCGCUCGGGCGUGUGCGUGCUAGUGUGGGUCAAAGUGGAAGUGGGGGGAAAAAAGUGGCAGCAACUCGUCGAUCGCGCCCCGCGUUUCUCUGUCGAUCUCGCUCCUCACCCCACGGUUCGGUCAAAGAAACGUCACGACGAGCGCUCAUACAAAGAGAAGCUCAUCCGUGUUGGUGUGUAUGUGUGCGCGUGAAAUUGAUGAAUUAGGAAGCUAGUUAGUGGCUGUCGCAAGAGGGACGGUGUGCGCGGGUGACCAUUUAGUGUGCGCUGGUUUCGGUGUGUGUGUGUGUGCAACACGAGCGAAGGGAGGGCAAAAGAGACAGACAUCGUCUUCUCUCUCUCUUGCGUGCGCGCGCGUGCUCGCUCGUGUGUGUGCGGCUGCUUCUCAUUCAUUUCGGAAAACGCGUACAUAUCCAACCAACAAACACACAAACACAGCGAAAGAAACCCGUACGCACACAGUUGGAACAUUGCGGGUCGCACACAGCUAUACAAGUCAGUCACACAUACAACCCCCUCUCCCUCCUCGUACACCACCAGCAGCACGGAAGAGAUGAGCCGAUGAGAAGAGAUGCUGUCGGUGGUUAUGUAUGCUGCUGGCUCGGCCGCUGCUGGCCUGUGAGCGGGAGCGAGACGGGCGCGCACACAUCAUCGUCGGUGGGUUCAGCUGGCAACAAAGUGUGUUGACCACCAUCCCACCAUCGAUUGGAGGCGAGUGUAGUUGACCGACUAAAGGGCGAAAACGGCAACCAUCAUUGGCCCAAACCAACAAAAAAAAGUUAUGGAUAGAAGGGACGCAUCGGCAACUGCGUGAGGAAAACAAUGCAUCGGUCGGGCUGGAUGCAGCCUUCACACCACGGCAACCCUGUCACCAGUGUAAACGGUAAACGGUUUGCGAAGCAGCGGAACGCUGGUAGUGCCAUCAACACCACCACCACCACUAUCCUCGGUAGCAGCUACUACGAGGCGGCCACAGCAAUCACCAACACCACUAUCUGUCCAACGGCCGCCACUGUCGCCGUCAACGCAGCCGCCAUCCACGACGAUGAUGCAUCGCAAGAAGCGAAAGUGUAAACUUUCCUCGUGAACAACUUAUAUGUGUGCCUUAUCUCAUUGCUAAAAAAACACACCCACACACUCCCACAAACUCAUACAAGCUAUAACAACACGUCGAGUGUCCUGUUAAUCCUGGGACGAGUUAAAACCGAACGCGCACAACAUACACCCAUACUUACCCUAUCGUCAGGCGCAGCAACAUCCGCAACAUUGAACCAGUCUGCAAACAAAACUACAGAAGAAAAAACAACCAUCCAGUUUUCAUCAACAACCAACUACUCCUUGCUACAGUCCUUCCAGAACUGUGGAUAGUUGUAAAACCCAACUCCAGAGCCAAGGCGAAGAGAGAAAGAGAGAGCGAAAGGAAGAAAGGCAGAAACAAUCAACCACAACCACCGGCCAGUCAAUCAAUCACCGCAAGCGCGUCCUAGCGGGACGAAUCAGGAUCGGAUCGGUCGGGGGGUAACAGGAAGGAUAAAGAAUAGAAAGUACGACGAAACGCGCGCAUUCUUUCCUCCCAUUAUACUCCAACGAAACUGCACACCUUUCCGCUCGGUGUGCAUCAUCAUCGCCCUGGUGUCCUGUUGCGGUGUGUCCUGGACUCUCCGGAUUUAUAUACAAAUUUACAUUUGUAGUUUUAUAUUUUAAACAAAAUCUAAACCUUAACACACACGACGCCACUCGACGCUUCUCGAGCCCAGUGCAAAUCUUGCUGUGAACGCGUGUCUGCGUGUGCGUGCGUAUCCUUUCACGCGCACCGGAAGGAAGCAAUCAAUUAGGCGGUGGGGACAGGUUUCGGCUGCUCCAGGCUACUUGUGCAGUGUGUUUGUCUAUACAGAAGUACAACGAAUUUCGAAUUUGGACGUGUGAAGCGCAGCACAACACCACCCCCCUGUUGGAGUAGAGCGUAACGUUUGGAAGAAGGAAGAGCAAGAGAUACGGUGGAAAUAGCGUGAGAAGGAGGAGAAGAGAGCGCAUACAAAUAAUAAUAAUAAUAAUAAUAUUAACCCGGUAGUACAACAAACGCUUGUCGUAGACAGGUGUGAUUAGUUUGUAAAACGUAAAAAAAGCAACUCAAGCAGAUUAUAUUCACAUCGCCAUACGAUUAAGAACGAGAGAGCGAGAGGGGGAUCGAAUCCUCGAAGGAAAAAUCUACAAAGAUAAGGAACGCACGAAGAAGUAGGAGAAGAGGAUCACAGCCUUCCGGUCCUUUUGCUGUAAGACAGUAAGCAAGUGGAAGAGGACGAAGAGAACGAAGAGAGAGAGAGAGCAAGAGGAUCCUAAUACACUUCCACCGUGGUUGUAACCGCCGUUAGCCCCUGUCUGGAACGUUUUUUUUUUGUUACGUGCUUCCUGUACUUUCUUCUGCCGUCGUUCCCCGAGGGUCGUUCAUUGUACAUGCGUGCAUGAACGGUGCAUCAAGCGACGAGUACUCUGGUGCUGCUGCAUGCGACGUCGUGGGCCGUACUCACUGGCCCCAGUAGCAGCGGCGGAAGUGUUUGCAUAGCAGAGGAAACGAACGGGAAACGACCGUAGGAGGGGACAUCACGAGAGACACCAUACACACACACGACGGGGUGCGGUGGAGUGUAGUAAUGGAGGAAUCGCAACAGACGACAGCAUCGCAGGCGGAACAGCAGCAGAAGGAACAGCAGCAGCAGCAGCAGCAGCAGCCGUCGCAACUGCCACCACCGUCCCAGCAACAGCAGCAGGGCUUUGGGACGUACAUUGCGCUGGAGGACAGUACCGGGCCGCCGACGCUGGUGGACGAGCUAGCCUUCGAGAAGGAUGACAUCGUGCACGUGUGGAUGCCGACGGUGACCAAACCGCCGACCAGUACGGCGGCCGAAGGUGAAGGUGGACCGCGCGUCGCCUGGUACAAGGCCACCAACGCGCGCACCAAGCAGACCGGCUACGUGCAGUUGAGCAAACUCUCGCCGCUGGAAAACAUUGAUCCCGUUGUGUACAGCGGGGGCACAGCGCGCCAGUACAUCGGUACCGUUCCCGCCGGUACCUGCGUGUCCAUCGGUUGCGCUUGCGUUGCCGGUGGUCUCCAGCAACAACAGCAUCAGCAUCAGCAGCAGCAACAACAACAGUCACAACAAACCGCGAUCUCUGACGCCUUCGGUGGGCUGCGGCUAGGCAGCGGCGGCACCACACCGGGCACCACCGAUACGACCGGGUCCAAUGCGGAAGAGCUCUACGUGAAGUGCGUAACGCCCGCCACGGUGCUAAAAGAUCCAGCACUAAAAGAUGAAAUGGCUAGUAGAACCAGUAACAGAGCUCACGCGACCGAGUUUGUUUAUUUUGUAACACCCAUUAUAUGUUUGUUUUGCCGGGACUACAUCUGGGGGCUUGGAAGGCAAGGUGGACAGUGUAGAAACUGCUCUGCAUGUUUCCAUCUCAACUGUCUGCCGUACACCUGCUACAGGCCGUGCCAAAGAAAUCCGGACAUGUACCAGAACAUACCGAGUACUUUCAGAACGGAAAAGUCAAUUAACGAAUGGACGACGGAAAAUGUGCUGGAAUGGAUGACCGCUGUUAAUAUGUAUGACCAUGUGGAGGUAUUCAAAACGAAAGCUAUAAAAGGCUGUGAUUUACCGAAAUUGGAUCGUGAUAAGCUUGAACAAAUGGGUAUUAAGAAUGAUUUCCAUCAGCAAAGCAUCCUGACGACGAUCACGCAACUUCUGAUGAGCGCAGAGAUGACUGCGGCGGCGGCGGCCGACCUGCCGAUCGUGCCGGCACCGGUCAACCUGUCGGUCGGCACCGACCAGCAGCAGCAGCAGCAGUACAACGGACACAACCUGGUGAACGGUUCGUUUUCGAAACAGCAAAAAUGUGAUAUGUGCAAGAACUACCUGCUAGGACUGGUCCACCAGGGACUGUUCUGCACCCAGUGCAAUAUGGUCGUACACCGGCAGUGCUCGGUGAUGGGCCUAAGGCCAUGCAGUGCCGCUGGCACCCAACAGCAGCAGUCGCAACAGCAGUCGCAACAGCAGUCGCAACAACAGCAGCAGCAGCAACCAACACAGCAAGUGGGGUCCACGACGGGCGGGUACCUGCUGGGAGGCGCUUACCGGCAGGAGCACCAGCACAUGUUUGGCAAGAGCCUCUGUCUGCUAUUCGACGUCCAGCAGCAGGCGGCGCCCCAGAUCGUGGUCGACCUUUGCACCAGCCUGGAGAAGAAGGCGGUGAUGGACAAGGGGCUGGACCUGUACGUGGUCUAUCGCACCACCCCGCUACGGUACGACGAGGUGAACAAGCUGCGCGACGCGCUCAACGAGAAUCUGCUCAACAUCGAUCUGAACGGCUACACGCCGGAGUGCGUCGCGACGGUGCUGAAGAAGUUUUUCCACGAGCUGCCCGAUCCGCUCAUACCGGUUGCGUGGUAUCAGUCGUUCAUUGACGCUUCGUUGCUCGACGAUCAGCAGGCUGUCGAGCGCAUGAAGGGAAUCAUACAAGAGAUGGCGCCACAUCACAACAAGACGCUGCAGUACUUCAUGCGGCACCUGAUCCGAAUCUGCCGGUUGCAGUUUAUGCGCGGCAACAAGCAGCAGCCGACGAUGCUGCUGCAAAACUGGUGCCAUAUUUUGAUGCGCCCAGCGUGGGAAAGGAUCGUGCACUUCGUGGCGAACAUAAAGAACCAUCUGCGAGUGCUGGAACUGCUGAUGUACAAGAUUGACUGGAACGAGGCGCUGCCCGAGUUUCUCUCCAUACCGGCCGUGCCGCCGCGCAAGACGUCCCGCACGGGUAGCGGCGCCGGUACCGGUCCCGGGUCAACGAAAAAGUCCAUCAUAGCCUCGCCGGAGGGUGGAUCGAUCGGUGGGCCGCUGCUCGAAAGCGAUUACAGCACCACCACCACCGGCAGCAACAGUGGCAGCAGCGGCAACACCCUCGGGCGAAGCGCGGCACAGCAGUAUGCUAAUGGCGGCGGUAUGCUAAUGUCGCUGAUUACCGAUCCGAACACGCCGCAGGAGCUGCGCGACGCGGAAUGGUACUGGGGCAAGAUAUCGCGCGACAUGGCGAAGGAAAAGAUGAUGGACGCACCGGACGGGUCGUUUCUGGUGCGCGACGCCAUCAACGAUGCGGGCGAGUUCACGCUGGUGCUGAAGAAGGACGGCACCGAUCGGCCGAUCAAGAUCUACCACAAGAACGGCAAGUACGGCUUCACGCAGGAGUGUACGUUCGAGAGCCUGGUCGCCAUGAUCAACGAGUUCCGGACGACCACGCUGAAGGAGUACAACACGAUCCUGGACAUCAGCCUGCUGUACCCGAUCUCGCGGUUCGAGGACGAAAGCCUGUACCCGGCGGCGGGCGACAUACACCAGCUGGCGGCCAGCUUCUACGAGACGGUGCAGAAGCUGACCGACCUGCAGAACAUGCGCGAGUCGACGCUGGAAGCGUUCAAUGUCUGCCAGUCGCACAUGGAGCUGCGGCGCCAGGCGCAGGAAGCGUUCAUCGAGGCAGACAAGCUGUUCAACGACCAGCUGCUGACGCAGGCCCGCUACGAGAAGGAGGCGCAGCCGCACGAGCAGCGCAGCCUGGCGCAGAACCGCACGCUCAUCGAGAGCCGGCUGGAAGAGCUGCGCAAGUGCAAGAAAAACCUGGACGAGGACAUGGAGCGCGAGCGGGAGCGUAUGCGCGAGCUGCAGCGGGAGGCGAUGAAGCUGAAGCCGGAAAUCAUGAACCUCAGCAAGCAGAAGGACCAGUACCUGGAGGCGCUCAAGCGCCAGUCCAUCACGGACGCCCAGAUCAAGCAGAUCCUGAAGGACGGCUACCUGUCGACGGCGAACCCGGACGGCACACAGGAGCUGCCCCACCUGGACGAGACGACCUGGCUGCGGGAGCGGUACUCGCGCCAGGACGCGGAGAAGAAGCUGGCGAACAAGCCGACCGGCACGUUCCUGAUACGGGCGCGCAACGCCGGCCACUACGCGCUGUCGAUUGCGUGCGACGGGCGCGUCAACCACUGCAUCAUCCACCAGACGGAGCGGGGGUACGGGUUUGCGGAGCCGUACUAUAUCUACGAUUCGCUCAAAUCGCUCGUCGUGCACUACGCGACCAACUCGCUCGAGGAGCACAACGAUCUGCUGCAGACGACGCUCAAGUAUCCGGCGUUCGCGCCGAACAUGCCGAGCGGCAGCGGUAGCAGUGGCAGCGGCAGCGGCAGUGGCAGUGGCAGCGGGCAAACCAGCGGAGGUGGUGGUGGUGGUGGUGGUUCAUCUUCUUCCCGGCAGCAGGGAUCGGCCCCAUGGUCGACUUCGUUUGCUGCUUAAAGGGGAGCUGCGCGUCGUCGCCUCCAUCAGCUCACCAUUUUGCAGUUCGUCGGUAUUGUUUUGUUUUUUGUUCUCACUCGCGGGUGGUACUGCUGUGUGUGCGUGUGUGUGUGUGAUGUUCGGUAAUUUAAAAAUGUACGUAAACAUACUGCUGUUAUAGCUGCAAGCACGAUUUAAGGUAGGCUAAGUAACUGGACCCGAUGAAUGCAGGGAAUGGACCUUCGAACCGGGCUCUCUCCGGUUCUUCCCGCUAGAGAGGGAAACCAUCUAUUUUUUGUUGCCUCUUCCCUUUUAAAUUGUUCGUAUUUCGGUGUAGAGAAGGGCAAUCGCUUCCAAAAUUGGGAUUUGAAUUGCGUUUGGUAGAUGUGUAUUUUUUUGUUUUAAUUUUUACAAAUACACACGUGCUAGCUGUGCUCGUUGAGCUGUGGUUGCGUUACACGAAAUGCGCGCGCAAAGGAGGUAGGGGAUUUGAUAUUAAUGGCGCGGCAAGUUCAUUCUUUUAUGAAAAAAAAAAAAAAAAAAUACACACACAUACAAUACAAUAUUGUCAUCGGCACCACAGCCCCACAAUCCCACAAAAUGAUCGUGUGUACGCGAGGAUCGUGCGAGCGAAGGAUAGUGUUUAAACAAACGUUCAUACUUAGUCUACGUUUAUGUAUGAUGGCGUUAACGUAUGCGACGUACGUUCUGCGACAGCCCGUUACGUAACAAACGCAGUCCACUCCAGCAGUGUUUCGGAGUGAUCUACGCGCUGUUGCUCUCCCGGACGACGGUUACGGCACGGCACGCCCUCCUAAACUCCAGUUUCGAUGCAUUUGGGUUUUACUUUUACUUUCGAGGGUGGGGAUGUGUGUUUCCGUGAUUAAAGAAAUUGGAUAAUGAAUACAGUAAGCUUUGGUUUGGUGGGCGGCACUCACAUUUGCCGCCGCCGCCGUCAAAUUAGGUUCGGGGUUAGGGGUUUACGUAUUAAUGCGCUCGGCGGCCGCUGUAAGUUGUGAGUGUAUGGGAUAUGUAUAUCGUGUUUUUUUUGUUGUUUAUUUUUUGAAAAGGGUAUUAUUUUUAUUCUAACACGUGUGUAACAUCCAUUCGCAUUGAAGCGCGGCGUAGCAGAGCAUGAAAGCAGCGUGCAAGUUUUGCCAAGACCACCAUCCUCUGCGUGCUCUUUGGCGCUGGUUUGCUAGCUAUAACCGGGGCAGGGGGUGGGUGGGUUGAAGAACAAAACGAGAUUUAAGCUAUUCAUUGUUGCCCCUUCCCCCCCUCAUUGGAAGCAACACAAAUGAAAAUUGGGAAAUCAUAAUAAAAUGCAAAUGCUUGAGGGGAAGAACAGUGCCGAUGUGUUGGGCUUUUACGUGCAUCAAAUAUUAUAAACUCCAUGAGUUAAUUGAUUCGGACGAGCACAACGGAUGGGGGGAUGGAGGAGAGUACAGAACAAAACCAGGGAAGCUGCGACAAAGCUUAGUAGACACGGGUGAUACAAAACAAAACAAAAAAAACGCCGGCAUGAUGAAUAACGGCCGCGAGGAGUGUGUUAGCUGCUAAGGUAGUAGAGGCAGACGCAAGGACGCAAGUGUGUGUGUGUGUGUGUUGUUGUGUAGUAAGGAAAAGCGUUGGGGUGAUAAAACGAGCAGGGCCGCCGUGUAUGGUAGGGUGGGAGGAAGGUGAUCCUCAGUAAAGGACGAUCGUGUUGUGUGGGCGUGUGUGUGUGUGUGUAUGUGGGGGUUUUAAGCUGCAAUGUAGAUUGCAGCAUUUUGUACCCACACAGAACCUCCCCACGCUGACGCCACACGCGUUCGGUAGAGAAGAAAAUCGCGAAACGGCUGCUACCAUACAUCGACGUAAAACGAUUGUGGAGAAAAGAAGAGAGGAGAGUUACGUUCGCUCGCUCAUUUGUAUAUGCUGUAGUCGUUAAGGACACAUUUACAUUAUCCUAAUUUUAGUGUGACACCAUCUCGCUCGGAAGAUGGACAAGCAAAGAAAGAGCAGACAAAAUGCGAUCGCGUGGGGUCUUUUGGUGUCUUUUGCACAUUUUGAUCAGUUUGCUGAAAUGUUUUUAAUGCAAAGGAAGCGGGAAACGGUUGUUUUCUUUUUUUCUUCGAUUUGUUUGAUAUGUUCCCAGCUGCACAUCAUGUCCAGAUGCAUCUGGAAAAGGUCAGAUCUGUAAAAGAAGCAACGGAAGGAAGAGCUAUAGAGAGGAUAUAGUGGUUGAAGUAAGAAAAACGCGGCCAAAUACUGAACACACACACACAUACGGGAAGGAAUGGAAGGGAGCGAUCGCGUCUCCCGUUGUGCUCCGUUGUACUGGCUUGCCCGAUCGUUGCACGCGCACAACCGUUGUAGGUGUAACCACCCCCCGCCCCCUUUUUAAGGGCGACAGCGCACUCAACGAGAACCAAGUCUCUGGUUGAACAUAAAAAUCUGUGGAUUAUUUGUAAAGUGAGUUGUGUGUAUAUUAUAUGAAUGUGGUUUCUGGACGGGAGCGUGAGUGUCUGAGCGAGUGUUUGAGUGCGUGUGUAUGUGCGGGAUAGAAACUGUGAGGAUAGAAUGUUUUAGAGUUUUGUCUGAAUGUUUAGGAAUCAAACAAAUAUUGCGUAACUGUGUUAAACUACCAUGUAAGCGUUCAGUAAAGAUAGAUAUAUAUUAUAUAUUAUAUAUUCUAUAUUCUAUAUAUGUAUAUGUAUAGACAUAUUUGUGUAUACAUAGAUGCAUGUGUGCCACGUUGUACAUGCUGCAUGUAUGUAUAGAUAGAUAUAUAUAAGAUAUGUAUGUAGAAGGUACCGAUAAUACCUAACCAUUAUGUGCGCCCGUGUAGGUAUGUGUGUGAUGAUGAUGAUGAUAAACAUAACUUUGUGAAACAAACAACAAAGCAACGCGUAGAAUCGUUCAAAAACAACCCUUACCCGAUAGAAGACCAAGCAAGGAUUGGAAAAAAAACAAACAAACAAACAAACAAAUGAAACAAUCGAAAACGGUGAUUUGCCGCGUGUACAGGAUGGCAGCAAAGCAGAGGCGAAGAAGAAGAAGAUGGUGGUGGUGGUCCCCUAGUCUGACUAGGUUUGGGAAGCGUUGGUACUGAAAAUCAAAAUCAAACAAAGUUUAUACCCCCCCUCUAAACGGUGUUUUCCAGCAUCGAGCAGCGAACCUAACGCUAACGGAUAAGCAUACACAACACAACAAGUACGAGUAGUUUACAUAUGUGUGCAGAUAAUAUAUAAUCAAAUUGGAGAAGAAACAAACAAAAUAGGGGCAGCAAUUUAACCAAACCAACUUAUGGCAUUCAAACGCCGUUGCUGCACGUUAAAGCUUUAUGUCUAAUGUUGCAAACAGUUGCAAUACACACACACAUACCCUACCCUUUACAAUGAUGAUCGAUCAUAAAACACCAAAAUUGACCGACAGUUGACCGUCGUGUGGCAUGUGCGCAUAAACCACAAACGUGUGAGAUAUGGUCUUAGCUAUGUGUUGACCCCUUCAUUCUGUUUCAUUCAAAUAAUAGUGCGGCUACUUGCAUAUUGGACGCUGGACACUAUUACUAUUGGCAAAUAGAAACCCGGAAUUACAAACGUGACAGUGACAAAACAAAAACAUUACUGAAGCGUUUACCAUGCGUAUAUAUAUCCAUUACAAAAUAUUGUUGUGCAUGUGUGUGUGUCUGUGUCUGUUGUAUAGGUUGAAAACAAAUUGAAAUAAUUAUACACAAACGACGGGGAAGGAUACAAACGACAAGAAGACAAGGUGUAGGAGGAUUAAUCCCUGCAGAGAUGAAGGGACAAAACAGACCAGGGAAUAACGGCAUGAUAGAAGGUAAUGGGGAGGGAGCAAAGGGGCAAAGUGCUUCCUAGCUUCGCUCCCCUGAUCCGGAUGAUAUAUGUAUAUGUAUAAAUUCAGCAAAAUAUAGAACAACAAAUAUGAAAACACACUAUAGAUUCACACACACACACACACACUCUCUCUCAUCAGGUACUAUACACCCGUGCAAAGGAAACAAAUGGUAGAGCUUUCGUGAUUCACAACACAAUUAUUCUUCUUUCUCUUGUCCGUAUGCUUGCACGCGCGGUGGUGAUGUGAAAAACAAAUUUGCACAACAAACAAAUGUGCGUGCUCGUCUAGUCGUUUAGAAUUGGAAACCAAUCAUCAUCAUCAUCCCACUUCCAUUAUCGAGCACCACAUUUUUCCAUCAGGCAACAGUAACCACUUAGCUGCGCGCGCGUGCAUUAGCUUAUAUGUAGUAGACAUUAAAAGGAACAACCAACCAACCCACACGUUAGCUAAACAAUCCUUUCAGUGUGCAGGGGAAAUAUUUGGAACCAAUAGUGCAAAGCGUGUUCCAACUGUAUCACGCUCUGUAAUGUGUGUGUGUGUUUCUGUUCAAUAGGGGCUUAUCCGUCAACAUACAACGUACAAAAAUUAUACACAAAAACACGAGGAGAUUGCAAAACAAAAAAACAUUAUCAGUUAAGCAAAACAUUGUUAAGCAGACGACGUGUCAAAAGGGCAAGAGAUUCAACAAAUAAGCAAAACAAAAUAAAAAAAACGCUUUUUAUGUGCUCUCGUAUAUUGAUCGGUGCAAACGAUGCUCUUUUACGUUCACGAUUGUUACUAAAAUGUGUAGAUGCGUGAUUACGGGACGUUUAGAAAAAGGAGCAUGAGAACGUAUGACUAUGUCCUUCUUUGUUUUCUGAUGCAACAGACACGCGCACCAACAAUGGCUGCAAACAAUGUAAGCAAAACAGUGCUAAGAUGCUCUUCCCCAGCGCUUACGCCACAGAAACGGACACUAUUACUUCCUUUGUCAUGUUGUGUAGAGAGUAACAGUGGACGGAAGCUAGCAACAAAAAUCUUUAAAAACAAAAAAACCAACCCGUUCCCCCUGAACCAAACAACUCUAGAACGCCAAUACUUUUUAAAUGUACACGGGCAGUGCAAAAUGAAGAUGGAAAAAUUAUAAGAAGCGAAAAGAGAAAGGAAUGGAAAGAGAGAGAGAGAGAGAGUAAGAGAGUAGCAAGUAAAGGAAAACAAACAAACAAAACAAACAAAUCAACAAUCUCUGGAAAAAGGGAGGAGUGUGUGUAAGAGAGAUAAAAACAAAAACAUCUAAUAACAAAAUCCAAUCGGUCAAUGUGAAAGCGUAGCAUGUGAAACAUGUACAAAUUUACUAUUAAUAAUAAUAAUAAUAAUAAUAAUAAUAAUAUUAACACUAAAAAAACCUAUGAUAACGAAGUAAUGCUAAUAAUUAACUAAGCGUAACUACUUCUGCAGUAACAAACACAAGUGAAGGUGUGGUGGCGGCAGCUGCUGCAGGGAAACAGCGUGUGAUGCACAGCGACGUGAGAGGAGAGGGGGGUAGUUUUUUCGGAGUGGUUGCUUAGCAAUAUUGCAUAAAGCACUUACAGGGUUUUCCAGUAGUACUCAUACUGUGCGACACUUUACAAGGGGAUCACGAUUUAUUGGUUGGUUCCAAUAGGAAUUUCCAAGGAGCCUGUCCAAAAAGUCCAAUUUCCAUCAUAUGAAGUUUAUUUCCUACAAGAAAGAGUCAAGGAAGUGUCCCACAACUAUGAGAAUCUCUGGAAAACCCUGUAAACACAUUAACACACAGUACACAAACAAAGGAUGCUGUUUUCGAGAUGUUGGCAACAUCCUUUUUGACUAUCAUUUUAUGGGGGGUGGCAUGACGGUAAGGUUCGGAGUGUAUCACUAUUGUUAUGAUAGAGACACGAUAACUCUUCCUACAUCAUGCCCCCCAUUCGUUGUGCUUUCUGUGCUGUGCUGUAUGUGUGGAACACGAUCCUUCCACUACUCUGCGGAACACGAUCCUCUUCAACUCUUGUCUGGUGCAUCUUCGCUAUGCAGCCUUAGCAGCACUGCCCCUCCACUCAAGGAUAACAACAAUAACGAAUAAUGAAAGCGAAUGUGGUGAUCUUUAGCCAGUUAGUUGGGCAGAGUUGUAAAAUGCAUGUGAUGAAGCGACGGUGAGGAAGGAAAGCAAGUGAAGGCAAACUCAAACCCCCCGCCCAUCUACAGUAAAUCGAAGCAAAAGGCGUGUGAAAAGCGACGGGAUUAUUGUGUGGUGAGAGAUCAUAAGCGAGCGGAGUCGGUGAGCAAGACCAAAGGCUUAGGAAUGUUUCGAUUUGUGGCGUUUUUUUUUCGUUUCAAUUUUCCACCGGCAAAGCACAAUAGUUAGAGGCACGUGUCAGAACGGGCCACAUAUCCUCCGUUAAGAAACAUUUUGGAGGUGAAAAGGAAACAAUUUGUCGAAGCAGCAGCGGCAGCAGCAGCAGCAGAAGCGUCCAAUGUUAGUGUUAGAAGCGAGAAGUGCAUAUAUCGAAGCGUUAGUGGAUAAUCUAUUUUAUAAUUGCGUGCGUCUGUCUGCCAGUGGGUGGGGACAGAAAGAGGGAGAAGGAGAGAUUGUGUGAAGGCGGAGGGAAAAAGGUUAAAACUUAAUUUUCCCAUUUUGUCAAAUACCUCUAUACAAGAAAUGCGCAUUUGUUGGUUCUCAGUUUCGUUUGUAAGAGUUUUGCUGCUGUUUUUUGUGUUUUGCUCCCUAGUAGCAGUAGUAGUAGUAGUUGUGUACAUGUACCACCUAUUCCGCUACUUUUUACCGUAAAACGGGGGGUCGACAGAAAAUAAGGAUAAUAGGAAUGGCACACUCAACACAUAUAAAAUAAAUACACACACAAAACAAAUAUUACUCGUGUAAUCUAAGUUGCAGUUUAGGGAUAAGUUUCUUUUUUUUGCGAAAUGUAUGUGAUUGAAGAGCGAGAUGUGGAUAGCAGGAAGAUGAUAAACAGUACAAGCUAUACAUGGGGGGAAAGCAGAACAUUAAUGCAGAAAAGCAGCAGCAGCAGCACAUCAUUCGGGGUGCAACAGUGGUCUAUAGUUAGCGCUAGGCAUCUGUUUUAGGCGAUGAAUUAUGUUACAAAUGAAUUUAACCACACACACAUACACACACUUACAUAACAAACAGAAGCAUAAGAUUUAUACAUAGCCACAUUUAAAGGAACUAACAUAGUACAUGCAUGCAUAUAGAAUACUUGAGAGAAAAACGGAAUUCUCGUUUCAUAUUGUUUGGGCCGAUCAGUUUAUAUACAUUAACAGCAGCAGCAGCAGCAGCUUGAGUUUGGAUAUGAUUAGUUGAUUUUAUUCGAUUCCUAAAAUUCCCUCGAUUUAGGAGUAAAAAAAAAACGACAGAUGGAAAACAAUAUCACCCAAAAUAAAAAUGGCUUGUUUAAGGGAAAAAGAAAUCGUUAAGAAAAACAAAACACAAAUACACAAAUACACACUAGGAUAACAAAUAUAUAAAAAAAAACAAAGAAAAAGGACAAACUCACAUAAAAUACACUUACAAAGCAAAACAAACAAACAAAUAGGACAGAAACACAUAAAAAAAUACAUUAACAUAGUAAAACAAAACAGACAGGCCAACCACAUAAACAAAUACACUAAACAAAACAAACAAAUUGCAAUUAAUUGUGAUGCACUUGUGGUGGGAAGGUGGGAGGGGAAGAAUUGUUGUAAACACGGGUAGAGAGAGUGGUGGAGUGUCGUAGUAGGGAAGACAGGGAAGAAACUGGUUAAAGCUGUGCGGUUUAGAUUGAUGCUAGACAGUUUUUGCUCGUAGGGUAAUGAGUAAGGACCAUUCCCCCCAAACUCAUAAGUUUAUGUAUAAUGCACACUUACACACACACACACGAGCACGCCUGAAACUACUCGUAAUUGUCGAAAGUGCAUCUGUCGAAUUUUAUCUUUAACAACCUGUAUGUGUAUGUUGCUGCACAGAUAAUUGUAUGUCUCUCUCACUCACUCUUUUUCUCGCCUGCUUAGAUUUUUUCUUUGGGGAGUGGUAGUGCAUUUGGGGGACGGCGGAGAACAGUGAAGCCACACACUUUUUGCAAUUUGAACUUUUGCAGUCAAUUUUGUGCAUAUAUAGGAAGAGUAGUAGAAUAGUACGUUAACACAUGGCGUUAACACUUUGAAAUACUCUCAGUAUUUGGAAAGCAUGCAACACGCGGGUGUGUGUCCGUCUGUGUCCGUGUGUAUGUGUGAUUUUGUGUAGCAUGUUCUAUAAAGGAGUUUGGAUAGUAGAGAAAAGUAUGUAUGCACUUGUAAAGCCAACGGUUCUUGCAACGAAAGAAGCUUUCCUUUUUAAAUCUUACAGCCAAGCGACGUGUGAUAAUACGCGAAGAUUUUGUUCUAUUUUGCUUUUGGGCAUUGUUUUAUAACAAUGAAAAUAUAAAAAAAUAGGCACUGUUUGUUGUCUUUUAUUCUCCCGCUAUAUUGAGUGACAAACAGAAGGAGAGAGUGGCACAUUCUUUCGUGCAGUACUUUUAACCGCUUCCUUUGAUUGCACAGCAGCAACAUGCCAAACCGAAUGUUCUUCGUCUCUGUGGUUACUGUUUUUUUGGUCAACCGCUGAAGGAUGUUGUUCUCGUAUCUUUGUACAAUGGGAGCUACUACUGCGGCUGGUUCAUACAAAUGAUUGUAGUGAUAAAAUAAGAAGAUAAAAAUACAAACACUUACAGACACAAAUACACGCAGAAACAAAAAGAAAAAAAAACAGGAAAAGAAGCAACAUUUUGCAAACACAUACAUCCUUAGCAUGGAUAAUGAAGAAGCGUACGGCACUGAUAGAGAAAAAAAAAUCGGGCGAAAAAAAAACAAAGAAAAGAACGUAAGAGUAAUCAAAAACGUAACGUAAACCAAUUCCUUCCGGAUGCGCCAAAUGAAACCGCUCAACCGCGGAACAAAUUACUACUACUACUACUACAACUACAAGUACUAACUAACUAACUAACUAUACCCCCGGAAAGAGCACCACACCACAGUCCUGGAGCAAUGAAAACAAAACAGAAGAAGAAAAGAGAAGAAAACACAACACUUAAAAUAGUAAUGCUAAACACAGAAGAAGAAAAGAGAAGAAAACACAACACUUAAAAUAGUAAUGCUAAACACAG